ACGGAGUCCUCCGGUCCACCUGUGCGGGCGCGCCUUUGGCCCGGGCCCGAUGGACGUCUUCACUCACUUCAGCCAGCAGACCCAAGGCCGGGAGCGGCUCUUCAGAGCCACUCAGUACACAUGCAUGUUACUUAGAUAUAUGUUAGAGCCUAAAGCUGGCAAAGACAAGUUGGUCAUGAAACUCAAGAAACUGGAGUCCAGUGUGAGCACUGGCCGUAAAUGGUUCAGACUAGGAAAUGUGGUACAUGCUGUACAGGCGACUCAGCAGAGCAUUCAUGUCACUGACCUGGUGCCCCGCUUAUGCCUGACAUUAGCCAACUUAAACCGUGUGGUUUAUUCCGUCUGUGAUACCAUCCUCUGGGUGAGAAGUGUAGGGCUCGCCUCUGGCAUCAACAAAGAAAAAUGGCGAGUGUGGGCUGCCCGCCACUACUACUAUUCUCUGCUGCUGAGCCUGGUCAGGGAUCUGUAUGAAAUCUCCCUGCAGAUGGGACAGGUGGCACGUGACCGGGCCAAGGAGAAGUCUCAGGAACUUCUUGGGCACAGUGUGGCUGAUGAGGAACCAGAAUGGCUCCAGUCCUUUCUCCAUCUCUUAUUCCAGUCCCUGAAGAGACAUCCUCCCUUGCUCCUGGACACAAUGAAGAACCUUGGUGAUAUUCUAAACCCUUUGGACCGGCUAGGCAUCUAUAAGUCCAAUCCUGGCAUCAUUGGCUUCGGAGGCCUUGUAUCAUCUAUAGCAGGCAUCAUCUUGGUGGCAUAUCCUCAGAUGAGACUGAAGACCCACUAGGACAAGAUUAGCACCUGCUUCAGAAGGUGACCUAGUAGAGUGGACAUUUGCAUUCAUCACAGACCGUGUCAUACUGAGCUUAAGGACUUGUUCAUGCAUUUAGCAACCUGUGGUGUGAGAAGUGGGUCCAGGGUUGAAGAUGGGGGGUUUGGGUGGGACAUGAAGGUAUAUGGAAAGAAACCCAAUCAGACAAAUAAACACUAAUAUUCAUUAA